AUGAUUAUACACAGUGUUGGUCAAGAAUUUGAAGAUGGAGUAACGGCGUUCCGCAUUGCAUUGGCUAACUAUACAGUUGAGUGUGGUUUUGCAGUGAAUUAUUUGAAGAACGAUGCAACAAGAGUAACUGCUAAAUGUAUGAUAAAGUCAUCUGCGAGUUGUAAAUGGUUUGUGCAUGGAAGGGUAUUGAUGAAUUCUGGUAUUUUUUUUAUUAUAAAGUUGGAUAAUGUGCAUGCUUGUGGGGUUGUUGCUCGUAGAUCUUGUAACAAAAUGGUUGGUUCUAGAUUUGUGUCUGAUAUUGUGUAUAAUGAUAUUAGUGAUAAUCCGUUGACUCGUCCUAUUGAAGUUAAAAAAAAGUUGAAGAAGCAAUAUAGUAUAUAUGUUUCUUAUCGGGUUACAUGGUUAGGAGUUGAUAAGGCAAGAGGUGGGUUGUUUGGUGAUUUUGUAACUUCUUUUAACCAACUUCGAUGGUACCUUGAGAUGGGUAUGACAAUGAAUCCUGGAAGUGUGUUUGAAUUAGAUGUGGAUGAAAGUAGUGGCAGUGGGUUGUUUUCGGAGGGCUUGUUUCCUUUGGCUUUUGCGAUUGUUGAAGCUGAAAACAAGAUAAUUGGAUGUGUGUUUUUUAAGUCAGUUGUUAAAGCUAUGGUUCAGGCUAGAGAUUGCCUUUGUGUCGGACCGUCAACAGGAUUGCUAGACGCUCUUUCUCAAUGGUUUUUCUCAAUGCACAUCAUGCAUAUUGCUUGA